GUGUGGUAGCAGAUCCAUCCGCCCUCUUGACAGUCCAUCAGGAAACGUGGCCGAUCUGAAGAAGGAGUUGAAGGCGCGAGGACUGUCUGUGGUGGGAAACAAGAAUGAUUUGCUUGAAAGACUACAGGAAGCCAUGGACUGUGGGGGAGACCAGGUGGAGAUGGAGGGAGGAGAGGGAGUGGAGGAAGACUUCGAUGAGGAGGAGAUACUUGGAGAGGAGGACAUCGACUCGGAGAUCACGCCACAAGAGGAGGAAGCUGCUCUGGGGGGCGCAUCCAUCAGAGUCAAGGAUACAUCAGCACUUCUCGAACAGCCAGAGAAGAAGAAGAUCAGUUUAAAGAGGACCCAGCCACCCCCCGCCGCCCUGGAGGAACCCGCACCCCCGGAGGAGACCCCAGUGGCAGGCGAGGCAGGGGCAGAGGGCGAAGGGGAGCAGGGGGAAGCUGCAGCCCCCUCCGACCCUGCCAGUCCCCCUGCUAAGAAGAUCAUUAAAUUGGAUGGUAUUGAGGCAAAGGACCCCAAGGCACGGGCGGACCAUUUUGGCAUUCCCAUGACGGAUGAGGCACGAAAAGAGGCAAGAAAAGCAAGAUUCGGACUGGCUGCUAAUGGGGCUGCUGAGGCCAGCAAGGGAGUGAGUCUGUCGGAUGAGGAGAAGAGAAUAGCCAGGGCUGCACGGUUUGGCCUCAACACCACCAACACCACCACCACCAACACCACCACUGCUGCCGCCACUGCCACCAAUAAGCUUUCCAUGGAGGGCCAGAAAGUUGAGAUUGACCGCCUGAUGAAAAGAGCGGAGAGGUUUGGAGAGGUGACAUCGCCUGCUCUCCUCAAGGCAUCGGAGGAGGAAAAGAAGAAGGCCAGAAUGAAGAGAUUUGGAGAGGCAGAAGGAGAGGCAAAGAGCGCCGGGGAAGAUGACUCCGUGGCAAAGCGAAAGGCAAGAUUUGGUUUAGUCACCGCUUCAGAUGAGGAGGAGAAGAAAAGAAAACGGGCUGAAAGAUUUGCUAUUUAACUUCUACUACUACUACUAUUACUACUAUUACUACUACUUUUUUUAUUGAUUUGAUAGUGUGUGUGUGUGUGUGUGUGUGUUUGUGGGUUUUAUUGCUAUUAUUGCUUUUAUUAUUGUUAUUAUUAUUACUAUUACUAUUAUUAUUAUUAUUAUUAUUAUUGUGAAGGUUUCUGAGUUUUUUUUUAUUAAUUAAUUAAUUUUUUUUUUUUUUUAUUUUAUUAGUUUCUUGGGUUAAUUUUGUGUGUGUGUGUGUGUGUGUGAGAGAGAGAGAGAGAGAGAGAGAGAGAGAGAGAGAGAGAGAGAUGCAUUUGUGGGGUUAAAUUAGUUACUGUAAGACUACUACUACUACUACUACUACUACUACUACUACUACUACUACUACUACUACUACUACUACUACUACUACUACUACUACUACUACUACUACUACUACUACUACUACUACUACUACUACUACUACUACUACUACUACUUGUGUUAGUUAAAUAGUGAAUGUCGAAAUGUGUAGACUUUGUAAACACACAUACACACACACACAUUUUUAAUAGUAUAUCUUUAUGUUUACUCUAAGUCACUUUAACUGUUCACAAAGUCACUAUUUGCUAUAACAAACCAAUAAAUGAAUAAAAGACACGUUUAUACACUAAUAGCUAAGGUGAGGGCACAAGGAUAGCUGUUUCAUUAUUAUUAUUAUUAUUAUUAUUAUUAUUAUUAUUAUUAUCUAUAGUUGCAAAUAAAUUGGUUUAAUGGC